AUGCCAGCAAAAAGUGGGUUUGCAGCUGUUUGGUCAACUUUCGUCAGAGGAAAUGGUCACGGAUACAUAGUAUUAUCUAAUACUCCUACAAUCACAGAGGCUAUGGAUCAAUGUACGAGUUUUGGAAACAGUACUUUUAAAUCAUAUCUUGCGACAUUUGAAUCAAAACAAGAAUGGGAUUUUAUUAAAAACAACAUCUAUAAUUAUCAGACAGCAUGGGUCUCUGGUAAAGAUCUUGAAGGCAAUGGUAAUUAUUCCUAUUCAAGUGGACCAGCAACCAAUCAACCAUUAUUUAAUAUGUAUACUGGUCAAUGUUUUGAAGUAUAUAUUCCAUCAAUUGGUACAAAUGGAGGAUCAAUAACAAUCAACAAUCUGACACAAUUCAACAUUUCAACAAUCAACAUUACAUUUUUCAAUCCAACCAAACAACUAUCGAAAUCAUGUCAUAUAACUCAAACAGAUAAAUCAUCAGUCACUUGUAUAGUUCCACGUCUAUCUGGAUUUCAUGAUGUCACUGUUCAAGAUGCUAGUGGAACCAGCUCAACACACUAUGCAUGGCAACCAUAUCCACCAUUUAUCAAAGCUGUCUAUCCACCAUCUCCCACAGCUAAAGGACUAGUUACACUGAUUGGUAAUAACUUUGGUGACGAUACCGACAAUACAGUAUCUGUCAGUGUCUCAACAUCAAAUAUUCCAUGUAUUAUUAGCUUUGCUUCAUCAAAUCAAAUUAUUUGCCAACUCCUAACACCUCUUGUUGGAGAGACCAAACUCCUUCCGAUUUCAAUUUCAGUUGACCAAGUUUACACUCAAACCUAUAAACCUCAUAUUUAUUCAAUUCUAAUGCAAUACUCUUUUUCAAUAGUCUGUGAAGAUAGAUUCUUUUCAACCAUUCUAUUUGGUGGAGAUUAUGAAAGAGUCAAUCGAUUAAUGAUUGAUAAAUGUCCAUCCAAAGGAGCACCAUCUCGAUUGUAUUAUUCUGGUAUUGAUCCAAAGGUGAAACCAUCAGAUAAUAUUCCAUUUAAUAUUCAUAAUGGAAAGGUAGUCCCAUUCGAUACCAAAAAUGUAAAAUAUUACACUCCAUUGAUUACAUUUUAUACAAAUGACACGCCAAUCAUUGACAAUAUUACGAGUAUUAUACCUGGACAGCCAUCACAGGUUACAAUCAAUGGUAAUCAUUUUGGAAAAGAUGGUUCAUAUGGUUAUGAACCCCUAUUAGAUUGUUCAUCAUCGAUCGAUCGUGAUAAACAACUCAACACAACCGUUAUGAUGAAUUCAACAUUAAUUCUAUCAACCAGUCAAACGAUCAGUGUCAUAGUCAAUUUCACAACUGGAAUUCAAUCCAUCCGAGAAAUUAGUCAUGAUAAAUCAAUCGUUCGAAGCAUGUCUAUGGAUGUUGUAUCUUGGGAACAAGUCAAUCAAACACAACAUAAACAGACAUCUUAUAUUGAAACAGUAUUUAUUGGAAGCAUACACAAUCAAUCAACUCGAUUCAAUGUCACAGUUGUUCAAUUCCAAGACACCAACACCAGUACAUUCUUGGGUGAGGAUAUUCAAGUAUCAUCAAACUCAAUCAAAUACACAAUCAAAACUAUUGAUUGGGUGUGGUCAUCACCUAUCAACACACUCCAAGUUAUAUUCCAUUCUCGAUCAGAUUCAGUUGAAUAUGACGAUUGUGGUAGGAUGAAAAUUGGAAAUGAUGUAUCUCCAGGUGACCAAAUCAUAUGGACCAGAGUUCAAGUUGGACGAACACUUUUAAACUGCAAGAUAGCAAGUAGAAUGAUUAUCGACAACUCAACAAUCAUGCCAUCAAAAGUCACAAUCCUUCCAGAUGAUCCACUCUCUCAACAAACUGACAAGCAAGGGUUCAACGUUUUGACAACGUUUCACAUACCAAGGUUCAGCCACUCGGUUGAACUAGAUCCGGUAUUCAACGCAGUCAUUCUUGAUGAUGACUCUGCCUUGCCGUACGAAUGCAUAGAGACUACAUGA